AUGGCAACGUUUGCACUGCAGGCGCUCGGUUGUGAUGUUGCGGCCAUCAACACUGUCAAUUUCAGCAAUCACACCGGCUACCGACAAUUCAAAGGGCGACGGACCCCGGCCUCUGAGAUCCGCGAGCUCUACGAGGGCCUACGGAAAUCCUACCUGACCGAUUUCGAAAUGUUGGUUUCAGGCUACGCGCCGAGCGCGGAGGUAGUCGAGGCAGUUGGCUUCAUCGCACGAGAUCUACGGUACCGCUCGACGGUGAAACCUGGUGGGUUUUUCUGGAUCCUGGAUCCCGUCAUGGGCGAUCAAGGCCGGCUCUAUGUUGCGGAGGAGAUUGUGCCGGCUUAUAAACAGCUCGUCCGCGAAGCCGAUCUCAUCCUACCGAAUCAGUUCGAGGCCGAGCUGCUGAGUGGGGUCAGCAUUAGCAGUCUCAGUGGGGUGGCGAAUGCGGUGAGGACGAUGCACACGUCUUUCGGUACGAGACACAUCAUCGUGACAAGUAUACAAGUGGGAGAAGACAAUGGAGAUCACCUGACGGUGGUGGGUAGCACGAAGAAGGCGGACGGCACGGCACGUCUGUUUAAAAUCGAGGUUCCUAAAUUGGACUGCUUCUUCAGCGGCACAGGCGACAUGCUUGCUGGACUGAUGGCGGCCAGAUUGAGGGAGGCCAGUGCCCAUGCGGAUCUACUCUCGAGGGCUAGCUGGGCACCCGACGACGACGUGGAGGCCGUCGAUCUGCCGCUGGCUAAGGCGACUGAGAAGGUCCUCAGCAGCAUGCAGAUUGUGCUGGAAAAAACGCUGGCGGCCAGGGAUGCAGAGAUGAAAGCCUUCGGUGCCAGCCCUGGCGCAAGUGUUGGUGGUGUGGAAGGCGAAGACGGUGGAGACAGCGAGAGUCAGAGGAGGUACCUGGCCGAGACCAAGGCCGCGGAGGUCAGGGUGGUCAGGCAUGCGAGGGACUUGCAGGAUCCACAGAACAGGUACAAGGCCGAAGCGUUGGAAGUUUGA